AUGCAGGGGGUUGAGCUCCAGGUUGGGUCGUCCUACCACCCCCUGGCCCGUACAGCAGGCAACAACAAGGGCCACGAGCAAGAGCGCCAGGAACAGGCAUCGAAUCCGCAAGAGCAACAAGAAGAGGGAGGCGUUCCCUCCAAGAAGAAGCGUCGGGUGGGGGACAGGAGGCUACUGGCAGCUGUAGCAGCAGCAGCAGAACCGGCGGCAUCAUUGACUUCACAAGAGGAAGAAGAAGUAGGACUCUCUGACGAGCUUUUUGACGGUUACGGCCUGGAAGAAGUGCACGAUGCCGGAGGUGGGGUGGGAGGACACGGGCUUUCCCUAGGAAUUGCGGGGGAGAGCAACAACGGGGAGUUGCACGAGAACGGAGGCGGGACUGUUCAAGGGUGGGCGCCGCCGGGGCUCGGCGUUUGCCAACUCUGGGCUCAGCAAGCGUCCUUGCUGAAACGCAAGAAGGCCUCCCCGGUCGGCCUCGGUGUCUCCGCUUCCUUCUUCUCUUCCUCCCCCUCCCCGUCAUCCUCUUCCGCGGAGCCCCCUCUGUCGUCCUCGGCCGGGAAGCGGCAAGCCACCGCCGUCGGCUUCAGCGUCGACGACGCCGUCCCCGUGUCCCGGGACGACAAGGCAAAGCUUGUCGGCGGCUACCUGGGGUCCGCCAGGCCGGGCUACGGGGACAAGACUCGCAAGCCGGUCUGGUGGGCGGCCGAGGUGCCCUGGCGGAAGGGAGUGAGCAUCAGCCAGAUGAACAACGCCACCCUCCACAAGCUGGUCGUCGCUGUCAAAGCGCACCAGAGGCAGGAACGCCGCGAGGCCCUCGCUAGCGGCAACGGGUUCGUGCCCGACAGCGGGCUGCUCGUGUGCGCCCCCAAGACCAAGAAGGAGAUGUCGCGCCUCAUCCGCUCCAUCCAAGGCCGCAGACUUCAGUACGGGAAGGACGGCAAGCGCCCUCCCUGGUGGCCCGCAGAUGCUCCCUGGGACAGCGACAGGCCGUUGUCGACCAUGAAGCACGGGGAGGUGACGAGUAUCUUCAAGGCCAUGAUUCGCGAAGGGCUGUUGUUCGACACGGACAGCGGCGGCUCCUCCUCCUCCUCCCCCUCCUCCUCCUCCUCCUCCUCCUCCUUUUCAUCCCCACCUUCGUCAGACUCGGACUCGGGAAAGAACGACAGCCUCGAAGGUCACCAAGACCUCCUCCUCGACAAGACCGGCAACGACAACGUUGUGAACGGCGAUGUGGCCUGGGAGGAACGCCCGAACCACCACCGCAGCGGUAGAAGCGGCUUCUUGGGCGGCGACACGGACGGUGGCGGCUUGUUGGAGAGGCCAUCUUCUUUGCUCGCCAUGGCGGAGACACACGGCCACCUGAUGCCUGCGGCGGCCUCGUUUCUGCCCCAGCAGCACCAGCACCAGCACCAGCACAUGGUGGCGGGAGAGACCUCCCCCAACAUGUUCUCGGUUGGUUAUGACAUGGCGGAAGCCGAAUUAAGCCUGGGCGACCUGUGA